GUAAAUAUCAUGAAUCGCGACGCACGAUAACAAACCCUCUGCAACACGAAGCUUCUCGAACUUUAACUGCCUUUAUGAUCACCAUAAAGCAGAGAAGUAACAGAGCCCAAAGAUUUGUCUUUCGCCUGCUCUUUCUGUCUAUCACCGAAACCAAACUAGGUUUUGAUAUUGGAUAAUAAUGAGAAGCAGAAGCUACAGUUAUAGUCCUUCACCCCCUAGGGGUUAUGGAAGGAGACGCCGUAGUCUGAGUCCUAGGGGUCGUUAUGGAGGCCGUGCAAGGGACCUUCCUACUAGUCUUCUGGUUCGCAACCUUCGGCAUGAUUGCAGGCCAGAAGAUCUACGUGGACCCUUUGGGCAAUUUGGUCCUCUCAAGGAUAUAUACUUGCCUCGGGAUUACCAUACUGGGGAGCCACGCGGCUUUGGAUUUGUCCAAUAUGUAGAUCCAGCUGAUGCUGCAGACGCUAAGCAUCAUAUGGAUGGUGAAAUUCUUCUUGGUCGGGAGCUGACUGUUGUCUUUGCUGAGGAAAAUAGGAAGAAACCAGCAGAAAUGAGGGAUAGGGAACGUUUAAGGGAUCAGGCAUAUGACCGCAGGCGGUCUCCACUCCGUUAUUCACGAUCACCACGUUACAGACGAAGCUAUUCUCGUAGCCCAGUGUAUUAUUCCCCUUCUCCUAGGCGAAGGCAUUAUUCAAGGUCAAUUUCUCCUAGGGACAGAAGGUACAGGGGGCAAUCUUACUCAAGGUCAACUUAUGCUCCAAGGAGCCAUAGCAGGACUCCAAGUAGGAGCCCGAGCAGGAGCCUAGACUACUCAAGAUAAUGGAUUAUUAUGAGUUAGUAAGCAUCAUAAAGAGAGAUCCUCAUCGGUAGGAGUUUGAUGUAACCAUUAUGAGCUGGUAGCAGAUUUUCUAGAGUAGGCUACUUGGUAGAAAUAAUGUUGACUGUAAACUUAAUGAUUAAUUCAGUUUCUACACUGAUCAAUUAAUGUUCUUGAUUGUUAUCUUGACAUAGAUUUAACCCUUCAUCCCCAUUGGCAUACAA